UGCUGCAGACCUGUUUUUACAGAGGAGAGAAGAAGGCGGGGGAGAAGUGAGGAACCACUGGCAGCAGCAGGAGAAGAAGAGAUACCUGAGAGAAGAGGUUGAAAACCUUCACUCUGGGAAUUCAUCGAGUCUUAAAGGAUCAGUCUGCAUAUAUAUAUAUAUAUAUAUAUAAAUAUACAACGUGAGACGAGGUAGAGGGAAGAAAGGUUUCAAAGUUACCUGAGCAGAAGGACAGUCUCAGCCAUGUUCCUCCUUCUGUUCCUGAGUGUUUGUGGACUUCUGCUGCGAGGUGAUGCCCAGGACCGAGCCUCUGUGUGGAGGGGGAACGACAGAAGCGGGCGAUGCCACUACUCCUUCACCGUGCCCAGCCCCACCGAGGCCAGCUGCCCCCAGGUCGGGGGUCCGGAGCUGGACGGCCUGAAGGCCAGACUCAGCCUGCUGGAGGUGCAGGUGUCCCGGCUGAGCGGAGGGCAGGCUCAGCCCUCGGGGGGUCAGCAGGGGGCCGGGGCCAAGGCUCCGUCCCAGCUGCAGGAGGAGCUGAACCAGGCCCUGGGAGAGAGGAGCCUCCUGCGGGGGGAGAAGCAGCGCCUGGAGAGGGAGCUGGAGGGGCUUCAGCGCCGGAUGGAGGAGAUGAGGACGGAGACAGAAAGGCUGAGGAACAAACCGUGUCCUGCCCAGACCCCAGUGAUCCCACAAGUUAUCCCCCGUUUUCAAGAGAAGGACCUGAUGAGACCCGCUGCUGGGUCCGGUCAGAUGUCUCAUCUGAUGACGAGGCCCAACAGGCAGGGGGACAGCAGCAGCCUGGGAGAUUCAACGUGGCAGUACGGCUCCCCGGGCUUCCAGGAGCUGAAGGCUGAAGUGACCGAGGUACCUGCUCCUGACACCACCGAGGACAACUCAGGAUGCGGGGAGCUGGUCUCGGUGGGCGAGCCGAUUACUCACAGAAAGGCCGACAGCAUUGCCGGUAAAUACGGUGUGUGGAUGCAGGACCCUGAGCCCGUUUCUCCAUACGGGACCAACAUGUUCUGGCGCAUCGAUACAGUUGGCACCGAGGUCCGGCAGCUGGUCGGGUAUGAUGACAUGGAGCAGCUCUCUAAAGGCUUUCCAUCCAAAGUCUUGCUGCUUCCGGACCCCGUGGAGAGCACCGGGGCCACUCUCUACCGAGGUUCCCUGUAUUACCAGAGGAGGCUCAGCCGCUCUCUGAUCCGCUACGACCUGACCUCCGAGUACAUCGCAGCCCGGCGGGAGCUCCCUCACGCCGGCUUCCACGGCCAGUAUCCCUACUCCUGGGGCGGCUACACGGACAUCGACCUGUCGGUGGACGAGAACGGGCUGUGGGCCGUCUACUCCACCAACAAGGCCCAAGGAGCUAUUGUGAUUUCACAGCUGGAUCCACACACUCUGGAGGUGAAGAAGAGCUGGGAGACCAACAUCAGGAAGGUAUCCGUGGCCAACUCCUUCAUCAUAUGCGGGAAACUGUACACGGUGGCCAGCUACGCGGCUAAAAGCACCACCAUCAACUACAUGUACGACACGGAAACCAGCCAGGGGAAGGCCGUGUCCAUCCCCUUCAAGAACAAGUACGGCUACAACAGCAUGAUUGACUACAGCUUGGCCCAGAGGAAGCUGUUUGCGUGGGACAACUUCCACAUGGUGUCCUAUGACUUCAGGCUGGGCCGCCAGCAGCCCAACUGAAGCCAGCCCGGGCGGCUUUCAAAGUGACAUUUGCUCACCUGCUCCUGCUUCAGAGACUCACAUAUUUAGAGCAAAACAAGCGCGGCAACAGUAGUUAGCCUACACCAGCAGUGUCUUCUCGUAGGAGAGCAUAAAUACCCCAAUACCAAAACUCCAAAGGGAAUUGAAGACGUUUGAGGAACUACAGUCAAAGCAGGUCUGCAUAUAAAUAGAUUUUUUUUUCUUUCCCUUCUUGGGCGCUAUGGCUUGGUCCACAAUCAUAUUUGUAGAGGAAUUAUUUUUGUACUGCCUUUAAUCCAGAUGUAUGAAUUGUUGUUCAUGUACUUAUGAAGACUGAAAGAUGAAACACUGUUCAGGCUUUCCGCUGCAAAGGGAUGAGCAGUUCAAACCAUUUACGACCCAAACUCCUGCAGUGCUUCAUCAGUCCAUAUCUUUUCAAUAAACUGAUCUCUCACAUGGCAUGUAUCAAACAUUGCAUGUAUUUGCACAGUGUAGUUGGCAUAACAACAUAAUGUCCAAAUCAACAUGAAAUAAACUUCAUCCUGAGUUGA